CGCUCUAACAAGAAAAUGCUGUUAUUGGUCGGGGGAUUGCCUCCAGGGCCGGACCGGCUCCCCAGCAAUCUGGUUCAGUACUAUGACGAUGAGAAGAAGACGUGGAAAAUACUCACAAUUAUGCCGUACAACAGCGCCCACCACUGCGUUGUGGAGGUGGAGAACUUCUUGUUUGUGCUGGGUGGAGAGGACCAGUGGAACCCCAACGGAAAGCACAGUACAAAUUUUGUUAGCCGAUACGAUCCCCGAUUUAAUAGUUGGAUACAGCUCCCACCAAUGCAAGAAAGAAGAGCCAGUUUCUACGCGUGUCGGCUGGACAAACAUUUAUACGUCAUUGGUGGGAGGAAUGAAGCCGGCUACCUGUCCAGCGUGGAGUGUUAUAACCUGGAGACGAACGAGUGGCGUUACGUGUCCUGCCUGCCUCAGCCACUGGCAGCUCACGCCGGAGCAGUGCACAGUGGGAAGAUAUACAUUUCGGGGGGCGUGCACAAUGGGGAAUAUGUCCCGUGGCUAUACUGCUAUGACCCUGUCAUGGACGUCUGGGCUCGGAAACAAGACAUGAACACGAAACGCGCCAUCCACACUCUGGCUGUAAUGAAUGAUCGCCUGUAUGCAAUUGGAGGAAAUCAUUUGAAAGGCUUCUCCCACCUGGACGUCAUGCUGGUGGAAUGUUACGACCCAAAAGGCGACCAGUGGAACAUACUCCAAACGCCCAUUCUGGAGGGUCGGAGUGGCCCCGGCUGCGCAGUGCUCGACGACAGCAUCUACCUGGUGGGGGGCUACAGUUGGAGUAUGGGGGCCUACAAGUCAUCUACAAUAUGCUAUUGUCCAGAAAAAGGUACCUGGACAGAGCUGGAAGGAGACGUAGCAGAACCACUGGCAGGUCCAGCCUGUGUGACAGUCAUCCUGCCCACCUGUGUGCCUUACAACAAAUAACAUCUGGAGCGGGGAGGGGCAGCCACAUCCUGGGACACGAUGCCAGCAGACAUCUCUCUCCUGCCGGGAGCGACGCAUUCUAAGGGUGCAACUGCCGAAACCCACCCUUGGUUCUGAUGAUUGACAAGUAACCAUGAAAGAAAAAGACCUGUUCUUGAACAGAUACUGUCUGUAACUCGAAUCACGCCAAACUCCCUGUGGUGACAGACUCUUCCAUUUCCAACUGGUUUUGUCCCAGCUUUACAAAAACUCCUCAUGUGGAUCUUAACUUUCAAAGGAGAAUGAUAAAAUACAGAGCAAUGCCCCCAGAGAGACCUAAGAUCAGUAUUGUCCAUUGUAGUCUACCUGCAUGUGAUCUGUGUUGAGUUUUGGGGAUAUUGUGUUCAUGAAUGAUACAAAAUUUGACCCGCCUAAAUAUUUACACUGCAUUACAGAAAUUGCCACUCGAUUCUAUAUCCCUAACCUGUGGCUUCUUCACAGACUCAGUAGGCAGCACAGUUAUAGAAAAUCAUAUAAGAUUAAAGAGGAACAUUUUUAUUUCUGUAUAACUUCAUUUCAUACACCUUCUGCCCCCUACAGCACCUCUUGGGAUCAGAGAAGAGAAAGGUGUUGGCUCUUGUAGCAGAUGCUUUUUGCCAAGUAGAUUCUAGGCUAGCCAGUCAUAAUUUCUGUGUCCUUAAUUUUGUAUGAGAGAUUAAAACAAAAUGCACUCUUCCACUAAUCUUUCCACAGAGGCCCAUGUUUUCUCAUUUUUUGCGGUAUAUAAGUGGUGAGCACUCCUGUUACCACUUAAAAGCUGGCACUGACAGUCAGUCCCACAGUAUUGAUGAGAUUCUGUUGGAUGACAUGCCUACCCAAACAACCCUUAACGAAAACUGGAAGAUUGCUUUCAGCAAGUCAGGGGUGGAGAGAAAGUCACAUGUCAUUUCAGUGCAAUCCCACUGGCUUCUGUCCCCAGCACAGCGUGAAAGAGCUGCAGGGGCAAGUCACCGCUCCUGACAAAUACUUCUCCCCCUUCCUCGCCGUUGGCUCCAGAAAUGCUCUCUGGUCGGCUCUAGAAAAGCUCACGACUUUCCCGACUAGUGCCCCGACUCAUCAUGUGUGUUUGUCAUCACCAGAGAUGCCUGGGCUCAGGUGCCUUCGGGAGCAUGCAGAAUUUAGCAGGUCAGGAGAGCACGCAUCUCCUUGCUGUGGCCAAACAAGCAGGACUGGCAGGAACAUGAACUUGAUCUUCAAGCUCUUCAGAGCUGGAUCAACAACUGGAGUAAAUAAAAACCUAAAAUAUUUUUUUCAUCACCCAGAGAUGUUGUUGAAUCCUGCAAUUAAUGUGUCAUUCAAAACAACACCGUGGGGAAACUACAAAUUCAAAACGCCCUGGUGAUACGCUUUCGCUGUGGGACACGUCCAGAGGGGUGGGUGUGCUGGAGCCCAGGACCGUUUCUACAGUCAAGUGCAAUCUCUGUUGUUUUUGUAUUUAUUUGUAUGUUCAGAUCCAAAGGAUCCGUUGUAAAAAUAUAUAUGUAAAUAUAUAUAUCCAGUGCAAUCAACUUUCAUAUCUUUUUCCUUGAAAGCAUAUGAUAUAUAGAAGGAAAGAAAAGCUACAGGACUUAGUGCAAAAAUUUCAGCUGACAUCACGAUGAGAGCAAGAUCUGCUUCAAAACCUUUUGUCAUCAACUGUCACUAUUUCUUCUGAAAGUCACAGUUUAUACAAGGAUGUUUGCUUUCCUUAGACUUGUUCUUCAUUUAUUUCUUAUUUCUAACCAAAAUAAAUAAGAGCAUUUAUGAGAACUAGUAGUAAAGCUUUCUGUAUUUCAGAAAGACACAAACUACUAGAAAAUGAAAAGUGAAUAAAUGAGUCACAGAGAAUGUAAAUUUUGUACAGUCUUAGGAUGUGUAAAUGACGCUUGCUUGGAAGGGGAAAACUUUAAAUAAAAACUUU